AACACAAAACACAAAACACAAAACACAAACACAAACACAAACACACCCUCUCAGAUAAAAAAACCUCAAACGAAUCAAAACCACACCCUUCUUCUGUCCAAAACAAUUUUACCUUCAAUGGAGGCCUAUCACUAGAAAGCCCCUCCUUUUUUGUUAUUGUUGUUGUUGUUUUUGAACAAAGGACAAAACUUUGAGCUCCGAAUUCCAAAAUUUAUUGGCCAAUCCAUGGCGGACGUUGUUUCCAAGAAGGUAAACACGAACCCCAUUAGCAGCAACAAGAAGGAGACACCAAAUCUGAUACUGGGUCGCUAUGAGAUUGGGAAGCUCCUUGGCCAUGGAACCUUCGCGAAGGUUUACCAUGCGAGGAACAUCAAAACCGGUGAAGGGGUGGCCAUAAAGGUGAUCGACAAGGAGAAGAUCCUAAAGGGUGGGUUGGUGGCACAUAUCAAGCGCGAGAUCUCGAUCCUCCGGCGUGUUCGCCACCCCAACAUCGUGCAACUCUUCGAAGUUAUGGCCACCAAGACCAAGAUCUACUUUGUAAUGGAAUACGUUCGUGGGGGUGAGCUUUUCAACAAGGUUGCAAAAGGGAGGUUGAAGGAGGAGGUUGCAAGGAAGUACUUUCAGCAGUUGAUCUCUGCUGUUGAGUUUUGUCACGCUAGAGGGGUGUUCCAUAGGGAUCUCAAGCCUGAAAAUUUGUUGCUUGAUGAGAAUGGUAACCUCAAAGUUUCUGAUUUUGGGUUGAGUGCGGUGUCUGAUCAAAUCAGGCAAGAUGGGUUGUUCCACACGUUUUGUGGGACUCCUGCUUAUGUUGCUCCUGAGGUUUUGGCAAGGAAAGGUUAUGAUGGUGCAAAGGUUGAUCUUUGGUCUUGUGGGGUUGUCUUGUUUGUGUUGAUGGCAGGGUAUUUGCCAUUCCAUGACCAGAAUGUCAUGGCAAUGUAUAAGAAGAUUUACAGAGGUGAAUUCAGGUGCCCUAGGUGGUUCUCACCUGACCUCUCUAGGCUCCUCACUAGGCUUCUUGAUACCAAGCCCGAGACACGGAUGGCUAUCCCUGAGAUUAUGGAGAAUAGGUGGUUCAAGAAAGGGUUCAAACAAAUUAAGUUUUAUGUUGAGGAUGAUAGGGUUUGUAAUGUUGAUGAUAACCUGUUGGACAAUGAAGAUGAUGCAGCAUCCAUUGCAUCCCUUUCAGAUUACUCAGUAUCAGAAUCUGACUCUGAGGUAGAGAUUAGAAGGAGGAAUGCUCCAUUGCCAAGACCAGCAAGUUUGAAUGCUUUUGACAUUAUAUCAUUCUCUCCGGGUUUUGAUCUUUCUGGAUUGUUUGAGGAAAAAGGGGAUGAGGCCAGGUUUGUGACUGCAGCCCCAGUUUCCAAGAUCAUAUCAAAAUUGGAGGAAAUUGGUCACCUGGUUAGAUUUAGUGUAAGGAAAAAAGAUUGCAGGGUCAGCUUGGAGGGUACUAGAGAAGGUGUAAAAGGGCCGUUGACAAUUGCUGCAGAGAUAUUUGAAUUGACACCUUCUUUGGUUGUGGUUGAGGUGAAGAAAAAAGGAGGGGAUAGAGCAGAGUAUGAGAGAUUUUGUAACGAUGAAUUGAAACCUGGGCUGCUGAAUUUGAUGAAGGAUGAAUCUGCAACUUCUUCUGGCUUGCAGACACCUACUGAGCCUUCCCUAAUACGUGUGCUUUCUGAACCUGGGCACAGCAUAGCUUCGGAUAUUGAAUCUUCACUCUAUGAACCUGCAGAUAUUGAACCUCCACUCUUUACAGUUACACCUUCUGAGAUUUGAAGAGUGAGAUAGAGUAGAGAAAAGGGUAUGUCUUUUGUUUCUUUUAUUUAUAGAUUGUGUAUGGUAAUUCGUAAU